AUGCCUCCAUUUGAUUAUAAUGAUGCAACCUUGACACUUCAAGAGUUAAGGAAAACUGGUCAAAGAAAACCUGAUGUGGUUGUUUCAUUGGGCGAUAAACUUAUAAAUAAUAAAAACUAUUUUAAUAAACUAGGUGAUGAAGCCUGGUCUGUUUUGGAACAAGUAUUGAUCUCUUCGUUGGAUGUUGGAAAAGAAGAGUUGACAAAGUCAUGUUUAGAGAAACUAGAAAAUAGAUUUCCAGAAUCUCCAAGAGUAAAAAUUUUACAAGCAAUGAAAUUGGAAAGUGAAGAUAAAUUGAACGAAGCAUUAUCCAUCUACGAAGAUAUUCUUAAAGAUGACGAUGCUAAUAUUAUAGCUUUGAAACGUAGAAUUUCAGUAUAUAAAACUAAAGGUCAGGAUCAACAAGCAAUGGAAUACUUGACACAAUAUCUUGAUGCUUAUUACAAUGAUGCAGAGGCUUGGUUAGAAUUAACAUCUUUAUACUUAAAUUAUCAUUUAUAUCAACAAGCAUCCUAUUGUUUGGAAGAAUUAAUAUUGUUGCAACCACAAAAUUAUUUUUUUCAUUUAAAAUAUGCUGAAGUCUUGUACAGUAAUGACAAUUUGAUUGAUUCAUUGAAAGGAUUUUGUAGAGUGUUAGAAUUAUGUGGUGGUUAUGAAAAUAAUGAUUACCCUGAAAAUAUUAGAGCAUUGUUUGGAAUAAAAUUGGUAAGAUUAUUUUCAUUUCCAAUAAAUUUACCAUAA